AUCGGAAAAUGGAGUUUUCCAUCACGAGUGAUUCGUGCCGUGUUUGCUUGCGUAAAGCAGGGGUGGAGUGCAAGUUUCUGACCGAGACGUUGCACACGGAACGACGUGUUACACUACAGGAGGUAUUUCAAAUGUGCACCGGCUUUGAUCACGGACCGGAGAGACUGACCACGGCAGCGACAACAUUUUACCCGCGGAAAAUCUGCAGCAGCUGCGAACUGUUGCUGUUGACCGCGUACGACUUCCGCAAAAAGUGCAACAAGUCGGAGAAGGUGUUGCAGAACAUUUUACACUUUUACGACGACGAAGAUGGUUCCAGUGUCGUCGAGGAGCUGGAGGAAGUUCGUGGUUGGCCGAUGAAUCGUGUCGAAGGCGAAUGUGAGAAGCACGACGCUGACGAAGUAACCAUAGAGGAAAGAGAUGAUAUGGUCACGGUCGACGACACGGGGUUGGAGUUGCUACAGGAAGCCGCGCUACUGCUGACGGAAGAAUCCGGAACGAGCCCCGGUAUGAUCGUGAAGGAAGGCGAAACUGCAAACGCCAUGCUGUGCGCUGCUGGAACCGACUUUAAGGACCUCACGGAGCAAACGAGCAACGUUACGGAUCAUGUGGACGACGAGUUGAUGAUCGAAGACGUUAUGGCCGAUUUGGUCGAUUACGUUGACGAAGAGGACGAUGAUGAGUACGACGAAGGCGUUGAUCAAUGCGAGGAAACUAAUGUGGAGAUACUGCUCGAGUUAAAGGAACAUUUGGCGCAAUGUCCGGACUGUGGGAAGAUCGUAUCAAAGCACUUCCUGCUGAAACAUCGCGAAACCCAUCUUGAUGACAGCGAACGCGAACGGCCGUUCGAGUGCGAUAUCUGCCGGAAGCGGUUUACGUUGCGCGAAAAUAUGAACAAACAUAAACGCAUCCACCAAAACGAUCGGCGGUACGAGUGUCCGCUGUGCGAGGAGCGUUUCCUACACUGGGCGGCCCGGAGUUACCACAUAGCGCGGGUCCACACGAAGGAGAAGCGUUUUGCGUGCGAGUACUGUGGAGCCAAAUUUCGUCAAUCAUCACACUACAACGUGCAUCUGCAGCGACACACCGGGAAUCGGCCGCACGGUUGCGAACUGUGUCCCCGAACCUUCCCGACGCCCCAUGCGCUCAAGCUGCACAUGCUGUCGCACAGUGAUAAGAAGGAGUUUUCCUGCGACAUCUGCGACAAGCCUUACAAAACGGCCAAAUCGUUGCAGGUGCACCGCAAAACGCACACCAACCAAAAGGACUACGUGUGCGGCGUUUGUAGUAAAACGUUCACGCAAAACCAUGCCAUGCGCAAGCACCACCGGAAGGCGCAUCCUACGCACCCGUUGCCCCGAUCCGGUACGAUCGUCAACGUGAAGGCGAUCGAACGCAUGAGAAAGGAAAUGCAACCACACGAAGGCGGAGACAGGCAGGAAGGCAUCGGAAAUGAUAUGUGA